AUGAGCUGUGAGGGGAUUCAACAAGAAGAGGGCUUAAAAGAGGAUUUCGAAGAGAAGCGUGAGCCCAGCCAGCUGAGUUCGUGGGGCCUACGCCCUGUAUGGAUUCGGGAGGUGGGAUACCCAGGUUUAAUCCCGCCAGAUAUCCUGGAGCUUCUUGAGGAGGACAGCCACGACCAUGUCCAAUACAUCGGGCCACUGAGCAGCCUCUUCUGGCUAGGGGGACUGGAUGAGCUUUCAAAAGCCGCCUUGGAUUCAGCAUAUAUUCUGGAAGAUGAAACUAUCAGAGUACCUCGCGCUGCACGAGUCGACUGGGUGUUGCCGUUUUUGUUCGCCGAGGGCAAAAUCUCCGCGGACAUGUUUAACCGCGCGACAGGAGAGGCCCUUUGGAACCCCUCUCCAUUCAUUCGCCCAGUCGUACUGGAUUCUAUCCCUGCGAUGGUCACAACAACUAUCACAUGUAUGAGCACGAACGAAUUAUACCCCUGCGCCCGCAUGCGAGACUUACCCUCCCAUAUAGAGGUGGCCAAACUUCCAAAGAUGAAAGGGUCCGGAAAGACUGUAGACACCAUCCGUCAAUACUCUCAGUCGCUGGGUGGCAAUUUGAUUUUCAGAGUCGUCACCAGACCGGCGCUAGCUUCGCUGAUGGCGUUCUUUAUCCCAACUCUCUCAAGUAACGCAUACGACAAUGAAUUUGGACCAGGGAUCUACGCAUCAAAUUCGUUGGACUGGGUUCUCAAGUUUGGUAGAAGGGCAGGUGCCCUGAUGAUUUUUAAAAACACCGAUUUCAGAGGGCUAAAGACAUGGGAGUCUAAGGGCAAGGAGUGGCAGGAGGUGAUCGCCACUUGGACUCGGCUUCGGCUGAGUGCCCAGCCCCCUAGUGAAGAAUGGUUGUCGUCAGAUGUGAUCCUUGGGCCUAUUUCAGACCCUCACAGCAACAGUCCAAUGCCUGUGCCUUCUGAAUAUGAUCAAAUUGUGGCUACAAGUUACGCCAGUUGUGGUGCUUUAUCGCGCUCACUGGCACAAAUUUUAUUCUUCGAAGAGUAG